GGGGAGACUCCUUUGUUCAAAACAAAUAUUUAAAAACAAGAUAAAUUAAUGAAUUUUUGUGUGUCAUUAUGUCGUUUGUAGAGAAAUUAAUGUUUUUUGAUCUCACGGUAAUGCUGGAUAAGUGCAUUGAAGCAACAAGUCCUGCAAAGAGGGAUACAAUUCUGAAAAAGUACUUCAAAAGGGUUCUGGAUUUACAACAACAAUAUAAGAUAGAAUAUCCAUGUAAUGAUCAUAGUCUCUAUCCAUUGAUUCGGAUUAUAUUGUCAACGGAAGAGCAUCAAAGAGCAUAUGGGAUUCAAGAGAAAACUUUGCGUAAAAUUCUGAUCAACAGCCUUAACAUUAUAGGCAGCAGUGAUGCUAAGAAAGUCGAGCACUGUAAUGAAGACGAAAUAGCAGAUACAGUAUAUGAGGUUGUAAAAACUAGAAGCAGCAGAACUUCAACAUUGAAUUUACAGCAAAUUGAUGCUUUAUUAAAUAAUUUAUGUGAAAAUCAGAAGCAACAAUGUCAACAAAAUCAAUUUGAAUAUUUGUUCCUUAAUGGAUCCGCAAGUGAUUUUAAGUGGAUCGUUAAGAUUAUUUUAAAAAAGAUGAAAUUAAAAGUUCUUGUUAGCAAGUUGCUAUUAAAUUAUCAUCCAUUGGCACCGCAACUAUAUACAAAGUUCCAUCAUUUGUCUCAAGUCUGUAAAAUAAUUGAUAGUGGACGAGCCGAGGAAGAAAUAAAGGAUAAGGUUGAGCCAUUCAUUCCAAUAAGACCAAUGCUAUCCCAAAAAUUCUCAAAUGAUAUGAACAAUAUGAUUGGAACUGCUGAAUUCUAUCAAGAGAUCAAACUCGAUGGUGAGCGCUUUCAAAUGCAUAUGGAAAAUGAUGUCUACAAGUAUUAUUCUAGAAAUGGUCAUGAUUUCAGUGAAUGCUUCAAUAUCCUUCUUAGUCCAUUAGUUAAAUACAAGACAGUGGUCCAUAGUCUAAUUUUGGAUGGUGAGAUGAUAAUUUGGAACCGUAGUAAGCAACGAUUUGUGACAAAAGGUGAAACAGAAAUGGAUGUUAAAAAAAUUAAUGAUCCAAAUAGCAAUUUGCGACCGUGCUAUUGUGCUUUUGAUGUGUUAUAUGUGAAUGGUGUAAGUUACAUCGACCAGCCAUUCAACAGAAGGUGUGAAAUUCUUAGUUCCAUUUUUGACGAUCAAGUCGGUGUAAUGAUUAAAACGGAACCGAUAAAAAUUCGUGAUGUUGAUCAUUUAGUGUCAUUAUUUAAUACAGCUAUGCAAAAUGAAGAAGAAGGAAUAAUUUUAAAGAAUUCAGUUUCUAAGUACAUGCCUGGAGAGAGAGAUAAAAGUGGAUGGUAUAAAGUUAAAGCUGAUUAUUUUGAUGGGGAGUUAGUGAAAGAAUUCGACUGUGUUAUAGUCGGUGGGAAAUAUCAGAAUCCACACAAGAAAGAUUAUUUGUUAAAAUAUUCUGUCGGAGCUGUUGAAAAGUUACAAGAUGGAUCAUUCAAAGUCUACACAAUUGGUGAAAUUAAUCAUGGAUUGUCAAGGGAAAAUCGAAAAAAAUUGAACGAUAAACUAGUUCCAUAUAUGAGAGAUUACGAUAAUGAAAAUAAAGUUGAGUUUGAGAAAGGUCAGGUAUAUUUCGGAAAAACAAGGCCUGAUGUGUUUAUUCCACCGCAUAAAUCAAUUGUUUUACAAAUUAAGGCUAGUGAGCUUGCUCCAUCGUCAGAUCAUUACUUUAAAUAUACAUUUAGAUUCCCUCGUAUUUCUGAAGUUCGUUAUGAUAAGUUUUGGGACGAUUCAGUGUCAUUAAAAGAGUUCCAAGAAUUUUUCAAGAGUGAUAACAGCGGAAAUAAUGAUAGACGAGUAAGGAAAAUCACCAAGAGAAAUGCCCAUAAAGAUGAUAUAGUAUCUCCAACAAAAAAAAGUAAAUUAGCAACGUCACCUUCGGCAAUGGAGAUAUUUUGUCACGAUUCUCAAGAAGAUGAUAUUGAACCAAUCGAUAAUGUUCUUGAGGGGAAAGAGUUUUGCGUAUUGACUACAUCUUCAUCACAACCAUCCGUACAUGAUUUAAAAGUAUUAUUGAGGUUACACGGAGCUUCGUUAACAGAAUUUCCACGUAAAUCAAAGACAUUUGCAGUCAUUGCUGGAGAAAUUACUCAAAGGAUUAAAAUUUAUAUUAAAGACUAUAACAUCAUUAAAGCUGAAUGGGUUACUGAACAGCUUUCAAAAGAUUUUAGACUUUAUGAUUUUCCUGAUCUUCGUCCUAGUCACUUUCAUUACAUUAAUGAAUCCAUGAAAGAAAGUUUUAAAGAUAGAUUCGAUCACUAUGGAGAUUCUUAUACUGAAGCAUUUAAGUCACCUGAAGAUUUAAAAGAGUUCUUGCUACAAAUGGACGAAAUUAAUGGAGCAGAUGAGGAUUUAAAGGACUUUGAGAAUGAACUUUAUGAUGAAAAUAUCAAGAACCCAAAUUUCUUUAGAGGAUUUUCAGCAUUCUUUUAUGAAGACGAGAAUCAUCCCAAUGACUUGAUGUGUUGUGCUAAAAUUUUAUUCAAGUAUCGUGCUGGUCGUGUAUCGUCUAAAAUUAAUGGACAACAAUAUAUUUUUAUAGACAAAAGCGAAUUCAAGAAAGAUCAUGAAGAAUUUAAGAAUCAAAAAUUGGUCAACAUUAAUUACAUUUACGAUUCAAAUGAUGCAGGAAAAUUGCUAGAUAUUGAGGACUAUGUAAUUUAAAUGUAUAUCAAUCAGCACUUAUUUUUAAUUAUUCAUGCUCAGUCCACUUCAAAAAGUUACAUUAUACACAGUGAAAUAUUUUUUUAUACAUGUUCUAAUCGAUAAUAAAUUGCCACAGACGGUUAUUCAAAAACUAUUUUCCACCUUACCUACAUUAAUAUAUCCCCCUCCUUCCUUACCACGCAAUAAUAUUCCACAUACGAUUCAACAAUAGCAAUAUAAAAUUCACCCUUGACAGCAGCCUUUUAAAUUGUGCCUGUAAUAUUUAUUUGACUGUUACUUUACCACUUCUAUACACGUAUCUAUAUAUUCCUUUCGGUGCGAUACCAUUUCAUUUGUUGUUUAUUUGUAAAAAUACAUUAUGGGAAUUUUCGCAACUGACUACUAUAUGAAGGGCAUUCUCAUAUAAGUACAGGAGUUCUUAAUCGUUCUCUGUUUGAAUAAAAACUUGUUUUUAUAUUCGAUAGAUCUAACGCAUCCGAUAUUAUAUG